AUGUUAUCUUUUCGAAUCCCUUCGAUGGGAAGCAAUCCCACGGCAUUUGCAGCUAAAAUAACAGACGGCACAAAGACCGUGGCACAACUCAAGUCCGCUGCGACGCCAUCACCUCAUAGCACGGUCACGUGCGGUUACCAAGCUCACGUGGCAGGCUUCUUCCGAAACGUCACCGUUUUAUGGUCCAAGAAUCUCAUGAAUCAUGCCCUGACCGUCAUGGUCUCGAGUUUAGACAACGACAUGAACUAUUGCUGCAAGAUCGAUCUCGUGAAGCCGUGGCAGUUCUGGAGCAAAAGAGGGUCAAAGUCAUUCGACGUCGAAGGAAACUUUGUGGAAGUCUUCUGGGAUCUCCGGGCGGCGAAACUUCCCGGAAACGGAAGUCCGGAGCCGGUGUCAGACUAUUACGUGGCAGUAGUUUCCGACGAAGAGGUUGUUUUAUUGUUGGGAGAUUUAAAGCAGAAAGCUUACAAACGGACAAAGUCAAGACCAGCGUUGGUGGAAGGGUUUAUAUAUUUCAAGAAAGAGAGUAUUUUUGGGAAGAAGACGUUUUCGACAAGAGCAAGAUUCGACGAGCAGAAAAAGGAACAUGAAGUGGUGGUGGAGAGCUCAAACGGUGGUGGAAUGACGACGGAGGACAAAGAUCCGGAGAUGUGGAUAAGCGUGGACGGGAUCGUGGUUGUUAACGUGAAGAAUCUGCAGUGGAAAUUUAGGGGGAAUCAGAUGGUUGUUGUUGAUAGGACUCCGGUAAUGGUGUACUACGAUGUGCAUGAUUGGUUGUUUGGGAGUUCGGACCAGACGGCGAGCUCGGGGUUGUUUGUGUUUAAGCCUGUUCCGGUUGGAGCGAUGGUAGAUGAGAGCUUUAGCGAUGCGGAGGAAGGAGACAGUGGAGGAGGGAGUAGUCCUUUGAGUCGGUAUAAUUCGGCGUCAAGUGGUUAUGGACCUUUGCAUGACUUUUGUUUGUUUCUUUAUGCUUGGAAAAUCGAGUGA